CAUACUGACCAAUAGGACAGCUGUAAACAUGCUCUAAAGAGGCAGGAUUCACUAUAUUUUAUCGCUAUUGUUGUUCCUUCGAAACAUAAUUCGCGAUAAUCAUACUUUGGUAGCUAGAUAAUUAAUAUGUUUAGUCAGAACACUUUGCACGAUCCACAUCUGUUUGAUAUGAAGUCAAAUGAACUUGGUCCGUGGAAACAUCGACAUUCAGGUUUACUUUAAGAAUGCUAGCUGCUAGCCACUUAUCUUGGGAUUUGUGAUGAGAUUGGAAGCGGAAGAAAAUUCUAAGGGAAAGGAGGAAAAAUCUGAGCUGGGCUGCCAUGGGCAAGUUGGAAGAAAAUCUUUCGCAAUGUUAUUCGACUCAUGUGAAAGAGGGGGUUUAUUUUAUUAAUAUGAAGUUAUAUGAAUCGGUUGGUGUUGUCGGUUAGACAUUUUAUAAUUGUCAGAAGCUAACUAGCCUCGUAUUGAUAGUUAGACUUUUAAAAUGGCGGAAGGCUGGCCCAUCCCCCCGGCCCUCUUGUUGUUGUGUUUGAGUGCCUGCUGGGCACUGGAUUCCUGCCCUGCUCCAUGCUCUUGUCCAAGGGGGUCAGACGAAAUCCAAAUCCUGGAUUGCAAUAGGAAAAGGUUGUCAGCGGCCCCCCUGGAUCCACCUCAUGGGAUAACUCAUCUCACUAUGAAUCAUAAUGAUCUGACAACUGUUCCAUACCUUGGAGAAGUUACCCCAAACAUCACAACACUCUCAUUGGUCCACAACCGGAUCUCGGAGCUGUGGAUGCAUCAGCUGCAUCCAUACAUCUCCUUGGAGACACUUGACCUGUCAUCUAACUCCAUCUCAGAGAUCAAGGCUGGAGCCUUCCCACCCAUGCAGCUGAAAUACUUGAAUUUAAGCAAUAACAAGAUCAGUGUCCUUGAACCUGGCUGCUUUGACAACAUCUCCAGCUCCCUGCUGGUUCUGAAGCUGAACAGGAACAGAAUAACACUGCUACCAUACAAAGUGUUCAGGCUUCCCCAGCUGCAGUUCCUGGAAUUAAAGCGCAACAAGAUCAAGAUGGUGGACAGCCUGACCUUCAAAGGGAUGGACUUACUGAAAUCACUGAAGAUGCAGCGGAAUGGCAUCACAAAGCUGAUGGAUGGCGCUUUCUUUGGGCUCAACAACAUGGAGGAGCUAGAGCUGGAGCACAACAAUUUGACGGAGGUCAACAAAGGCUGGCUGUAUGGCCUGCACAUGCUGCAUGUUCUGCGGGUCAACCAGAACACCAUCAGCAUCAUCCGACCAGACGCCUGGGAGUUCUGCCAAAMGCUGGAGGAGCUAGAUCUGUCCUUCAACCACCUCACCCGGUUGGAGGAGACCGCGUUCAUUGGACUGGGCCUUCUGGAGAACCUGAACCUAGGAGAGAAUACCAUCAGCCACCUGGGAGAGGGAGUCUUCAGCAGUCUGGCCAAUCUGCGCUCACUAGACAUACGGAAUAAUGAGAUCUCUUGGGCCAUUGAGGAUUCCAUUGGUGUGUUUGUUGGAAUGAAGAAGCUGAACACAUUGAUUCUACAGCGGAACAAGAUUAAAUCUAUCACAAAGGAAGCCUUUGAGAGUCUGGAGGAACUAGAGCACUUGGACCUGAGCAAGAAUGGGAUCAUGUCCAUCCACCCUGAUUCGUUGUCUCACAUGAACUUAAAAGUGUUUUUUCUGAACACUAGCAGCCUGCUGUGUGACUGCCAACUGCAAUGGCUGGGCCCAUGGUUGACUGACAACCGCUUCCUGCAGUCUGUCUCCGCUAUGUGUGCUCACCCUGCCAGCCUGCUGGGCCGUAACGUCCUGUCUGUCAGCCUGGAGGAGCUGGUCUGUGAUGACUUCCCAAAGCCCCGGAUCACUGACCACCCUGAGACCGCCACCGCCCUGCGUGGGACCAAUGUGACUCUGAGCUGCCUGGCUUCAAGCAGCAGUGACUCCCCCAUGGCCACGGCCUGGAGGAAGGACGGGGAGGUGCUGUACGAUGCAGAGGUGCAGAAUUACGCCCGCUACCAGGAGGGAAAGCUGUUCUACACCACCGUGCUGCAUCUCCUCAACGUCAACUUCACAGACGAGGGACGCUACCAGUGUGUUGUCUCGAACCACUUUGGCUCUAACUACUCCAACAGGGCCAAGCUCACAGUCAAUGAGCUGCCGUCCUUUCUGAAGACUCCGAUGGACCUGACCAUCCGCACGGGCACCAUGGCCAGGCUGGAGUGUGCUGCCGAGGGUCACCCAUCCCCCCAGAUCGCCUGGCAGAAAGACGGGGGCACAGACUUCCCUGCUGCCCGGGAGAGAAGGAUGCACGUCAUGCCAGACGAUGACAUCUUCUUCAUUGCCAAUGUAAAGACGGAGGAUAUGGGGGUGUACAGCUGCACAGCCCAGAACGCUGCAGGGAGCCUGUCUGCCAACGCUACACUCACUGUGCUAGAAACUCCGUCCUUCAUGCGUCCCCUGAAGGACAGGGCGGUAGCUCGUGGGGAGACGGCAGUGCUCCAGUGUAUCGCAGGCGGAAGCCCAGCACCCCGCCUCAACUGGACCAAGGAUGACGGGCCCCUGGUCCUCACCGAGCGACACUUCUUCGCCGCCGCCAACCAGCUCCUCAUCAUCGUGGACGCGGGGUCGGCGGACACAGGGAAGUACACGUGCAUCAUGUCCAACACGCUGGGCACGGAGCGCGGCCACAUCUACCUCAGCGUGUUACCCUCUCCCAACUGUGACACUGCGGGCGGCUACGACCAGGAUAGCUGGAACACGGUGGGCAUCGUUGUGAUCGUGGUGGUCUGCUGCGUGGUGGGAACCUCGCUAGUCUGGGUCAUCGUCAUCUACCACAUGCGAAGGAAGAGCGAGGACUACAGCAUCACCAACUCAGAUGAGAUGAACCUGCCGGUAGACAUCCCCAGCUACCUGUCCUCUCAGGGAACGCUGUCUGAGCCUCAGGAGGGAUACAGCAACUCUGAAGCAGGGAGCCACCAGCAGCUCAUGCCACCACUGUCCAACGGCUACGUCCACAAGGGAACUGGCUACGUCCACAAGGGAACUGGCUACGUCCACAAGGGAACUGACGGUGUGUGCUACAGUGACACAGGCAGCGAGGUGGACACCGAGGCCAACGGGAUGCUGCACUGCCGUGUGGGCUCUCUGUUCACGGGACAAAGCAGCUUCCAUCCUGGGCAGUCCUGCGAGGGACUGGCUGGGGUGUCGACAGGUGGUGCAGGGCCGCUGGUCAUCUGCUCGGACUGCUACGACAACGCUAACAUGUACUCUCGGACCCGGGAGUACUAUGCCUGCCUGGCCAAGGAUGACCCCCUGGACAAGGGUCUCUCUGGCAUCAUGGCCCACCUUCCCAAGGAGCCCUAUGGGGAGCAGCGAGGCCAGCAUGAGGACACAGCCCUGGARAGCCUCAUCAACAACCAGGACUCCUCAGUCUUCCUCACCAGCCACAACUCCUCAGUCUUCCUCACCAAGAGGCUGAGCAAAGCCCUCUGGCCCCCAGAACAACACUACAGCACCGAUGUUCCCCCCAGGUCGUUUUGGGGCGAAGGGGAGGACUUGUCUACAGUGCCCCAACCAGGUCUGUCACAGCAGCCAGUGACGCUGCACACAACUCCCUAUGCAUCUUCAGUUGCUGAGGGAGGGGAGGAGAGGAGUGUGGAGGUGGAGCUCUCCCUUCCCCAGAGCACACAGUACCACAGAAGUGCCUCUUAUAGGACUACGUCUCAGGAGCACAUCCAAGCCCCCACAUAAAGCUCUGCCCCCUUCCCUAUACACACUGCCAUCCUCUCUCACUGGGUCUUCUUUAGCCACUACCUCCAAAAAGACCACUCUGCCAAAAAUGCUUUCAUGUAUAUUUAGAUUAUUUCAGUCACGCAGAGACUAUUUGCUCCUAUGAUUUUGAAAAAGGACCAUAUCUAGGGCUUGAGAAUGACGCCCCCUGAUUCCCUCCACCUCCCCUUCCUCCCUCUCAUUCUAGAGGAAGCUAUGAAUGUAUGUGUCAAAGAGCCAUGUUGGAUGCUGCCAUUUUGACUUUUAAGAUGUCAGACAUUUGAACGUGCUCUCACGACAUACUGAAGGUGGAAUGRCAGCAGUGUUGAUGGAUGCCCCAGUUGUUGUGCUUUUUGCUUGCAGAUGCCACAUUCUUGGUAAAGUCUUGUUGGAGCAACCUUAGUGAUUUUAAUUUAAAAGUCCAGGACAUAGCUUCCUCUCGUCCAGGACUAGAGGGGUCAAAGAGACUCCAGUUGUUUCUUGUUCAGCAGUGAGUGGUACAUACCUAUAGGAUCACUGAAUGAAUCCCUCUAGCCAUCUGUAUUGAAUGUAAUCGUCUACUAUUAUGCAAACCCAGAGACAAUGGCCCUAGAUGUGUGUGUGAGAUAUAAUUUUCACCUAUUAUCUAUGUCUCUUAAGCUAAGAUUGUUUUGCCUUGGGUCAAAUAGAGGCAGUCGUAAUAGAGGCAGUCRUUGCUCAUGUUUUUUUGUUGUAUGAAAACACACUAUCCAAGCAAAGAAAAUAUUGGGUAUUGCACAUAAUUUUGACAAUCAUGGUUCAGGUGGCCUUUUUUUAAUGGCCAUCUUUCAGAUGGAUUUCAACAGGCAUUCUCAGUAACCCUCCAUCAGGUAACCCUAUGGUUUCUAAUCACAUAUGCACUGAUCAUCAUUUCCUCUCAAAAGGUUAUUUUACAGGCACUUACCUCAUACWUGGUGUGUUUUAUUAUGCAGUAUGCCAUUUUAGAUUCCUAAUUGAUAAUAUAUGCCUUUACCCCCAAUUUCAUCAMCCCUAGAUACUGGCCAGAUUUAACCUUGGGACUGUGAAGAAUGUAUUGUAUGGAUUUAAACAUUUGUCUUUUCACAACUACAUCCCUCAAACCCUAAGAAGGUAGUUGGAAUUAUUUUUGUCCUGACCUGCAGUAAGUUAGAUUUGUUUUUUUGUGUGUAUGUCAGAAUGUUUGUAGUCACUCCAGGGUGAUUCCUAACUUGACUUCCGCAACAUUGUGGAAAGCAUGUAGAUCUCAAGUCAGGAUUUGGCCCAAAAUGUUGGUACAAAUUUCAUCUAGCUAAAACCAAGUUGUUUAAUAAGGGUUGUCUUUCAUUUAAAUCACACCUGUUUCCUUUGCUCAAAUAAAAUAACAAUCAUUUUGGCAAUGGAACAUAGAUACUUCAGAAUAAGAUGUAGAUGUGUGAAGGCUAUACAAACAAAGAUACUACAUGAACAUUGCCCUGACUGGUUUGGUUGAAUCUGUCCUUUAGUCAUUCUUUUUCACCUUUUGAAAUCUCACAAUUAUUGCACUUCCGAUUCAGCAAAACAUGAUUGCAUUUCCUCUCUCUCGUGCACACUUUCAUUGCUGGUUUCUUUUACGUGUAUGUCAACUACUAUGCUUUUAUUCCUGCCUCUACCAUGUUGACAGUUAUACAUCUCCAUGUAGGAUUGUUUCUUAUGUUACACAAUGCAUUCAUGCUAAAAUCRUAGCUUUUUGAUAAGACAUUCCGUGUGACUUUGCUUGAUAAUGCAUCUGGUACAUUUUUGUAUUUUGAGUUUGAUCAAAAAGGACUCCUUUUGUCAAUGUUGCAGUUGGUCUCAAACUGUUCUUUGUCUCUGGUACGUGACUUACCAAAUUUGCACAUGAUUCUUGUACACAAUUGAAUUUUGUUGUGGCUUCUUUUCAAAAGUCCAUGGUUUUGAAGUUCUAUAAACCAGGUCAUCCCCUGUAUACCAAAAUAAAUCAUUCCAACCCCAUG